AAAAGGGGAAAAGGGAGAGGAGGAGAGAGAGAGAGGGGGGGGAGAGAAAAAGAAGGAGAUACGUAUUCCGUUGGGGGAGAAAUAGGGGGAAGGGGAGGGGGAAUAAGGAUGGGGAAGGGUGGGGGGGGAAGAGGCU